CGUCCGGUUCGGUUGCGCGCGUCUUGGAUCUCUCGAACACUAACGACAUUUGGAUUUACCCACCAUCCAAGCCAAGCCAAAGGCCCCCCAAGUGCUACAGUCAGAGUGCAAGAGUCGCAAGCCAGAGUGCAACACGAGUGAAUCAGUAUCAGUAUAAACAGAACCAGAAUAAUCUCGCGGACAUCCCAGUUCUAGUCCCAGUGCAACCUAAGAACAUCUUUCGUACCAUUUCCCCCUUGAAACUGCCGCGUACCGAGUAAAAUGCGACGUAUAUAAGACGCAUCUACGUAGUGAACCCGUCAUAAUAGAACCUUCUAUACAGCCACAAAGCAAAGAGUCUCCUGCAGACAGAGUAAUCAGCGAAAUAGCUAGAGGAAGAGAAAGAGGUAGCAGCAGGACGCCGAGGAGCAUGGCCACCAACACAGAGCUUCUGCCCUUCCACCAUCAGACGACCAUUUCCCUGCAGACGGCGGCCGCUCUUACCAACUAUCAUGGCGGCGGAGGCAGCACAGCCGCAGCGAGUGGAGCCGCUCCCAGUGGAGCUAAUGGCGCCCCCGUGUGGGGCAUGGACGAACUCUACCCACAGACUGAGCUACCCGGCCUCACACGCAGCGCCCACCACCUGCUGCGCUUCACGCCCUACGCAUUGCACCACCGCCCGCAGCUGCAGACCCUUCCACCGGCGCUAUACCUGCAACAUGCGGCCGCGGCUGCAGCCGCUGCUGCAGCGGCAGCAGCCCAUGCGCAGCACCACCAUCACCAUCAUCACCACCACCAGCACAGACCCGCCUCGCCGGAGAGCCCACCCCCAGUGGAGGGCACGCACAUCAGCAACCUCUUCCCGGAGUUGCUCGAGCAGAUCUUCGAGCACCUGCCUGUGAGGGAUCUGGGCCGUGCGGCCCAAGUGUGCAGCGCCUGGCGGGACGCAGCCUAUGCCAAGAGCGUGUGGAAGGGGGUUGAGGCCAAGCUGCACCUGAAGCGCUCCAGCCCCAGCCUCUUCAACUGUCUGGUGAGGCGUGGAAUCAAGAAGGUGCAGAUCCUAUCCCUGCGCCGCGCGCUCAAGGAUCUGGUGCUCGGUGUGCCGGCCCUGACAUCGCUGAACCUCAGCGGAUGCUUCAAUGUGGCGGACAUGAACCUGGGACACGCCUUCAGCGUCGACCUGCCCAACCUAAAGACGCUGGACCUAUCGCUCUGCAAACAGAUCACGGACACGAGUCUCGGACGGAUCGCACAGCACCUGCGCAACCUGGAGAAUCUGGAGCUGGGCGGCUGCUGCAACAUCACCAACACCGGCCUCCUGCUGAUCGCGUGGGGCCUGAAGAAGUUACGCCACCUCAACCUGCGCUCCUGCUGGCACAUCAGUGACCAGGGCAUUGGUCACCUGGCCGGUUUCAGCCGCGAGACGGCCGAAGGCAACCUCCAGCUGGAGCACCUUGGACUGCAGGACUGUCAGCGGCUAAGCGACGAGGCGCUAGGGCACAUCGCCCAGGGCCUCACCUCCCUGAAGUCCAUCAACCUGAGCUUCUGCGUCUCCGUGACGGACAGCGGAUUGAAGCAUCUGGCGCGCAUGCCCAAGCUGGAGCAGCUGAAUCUACGCUCCUGCGACAACAUCUCGGACAUUGGGAUGGCCUACCUCACAGAGGGUGGCAGCGGCAUCAACUCCCUGGACGUGAGCUUCUGCGACAAGAUCAGCGAUCAGGCUCUGACGCACAUCGCCCAGGGUCUCUACCGCCUGCGCUCCCUCUCCCUCAACCAGUGUCAGAUUACGGACCAGGGCAUGGUGAAGAUCGCCAAGUCGCUGCAGGAGUUGGAGAACCUUAACAUCGGCCAGUGCAGCCGCAUCACCGACAAGGGCCUGCAGACUCUCGCCGAGGAUCUCACCAACCUCAAGACCAUCGAUCUCUACGGCUGCACGCAGCUGAGCUCCAAGGGCAUCGACAUCAUCAUGAAGCUGCCUAAGCUGCAGAAGCUCAACCUGGGCCUGUGGCUGGUCAGAUGAUGCGUCCACCACGACUGCAAUGCCUGUGCGGAGGCGGAGGCAGCAGAAGCGGCAGCAUCGGCGCUCAAGAGGAAGAGCUCCACCACUAAUAGCAAUCCCAACACGAGUUCCAAUACCAAUGCUGGUCUGGGCUAGACUUCUGGCGGAGGAGAGACACUUGGAGUGGCCCUGAAGUGUGCGUGUGACUUUCAAUCCUACCUACCGAUAGCGGAUUGCCGCUUGCCGAUUGCCCAUGCCCAUGCCCAUUGCCCGUGUGUCCAGUCCAGUGUCGAGAAGUUGCAUGUCGUCUGGCUGUGGCACGUAAUUAUAUAGGGAGAGGGGAAUGGUAAGGGCUGGCAGGGCGGGAAGUCAACUUCGGGGCAGACAAGAUACACUGAAAACUCAUAGCUUUCGUUUGCCAUACCACACGCUGUACUAAAUUUUUUCGUACGAAUCGAGUAGAAACGGAGAGCCGAUGGGGAGAGGUGGAGUGUCAGAAAGAGACGUAGAAACAGGCGGAGGCAGAAACAACAACAAAGAGCAAACAAUGAAACAUACACACAGACACACUAACACUGAGACACAGCAAGAGCGAAAGAGUGGGAGAGUGAGGUGGAGCGACGGCGGCGUCAUGGAGCUUGCUCUGUGUGUUGUGCCGCUGGUUCCUAAGGGGGGGAGAGCGGUGGGACGAGGCCCCCACUGGCGUCGGCUUACACGCACGCAGCGAUAAAAAAGGAAAAAAACAGAAACGAGAGAAAAAAGAAACAACAGCAAAAGCAGCAACAACAACAACUGCAGCUAUGGCCGCCAGCAACAAAGUGCAUGGCGAUGGAGACGCGCGAUAAGCGUCAUGAGAGACCAGCAGAGCCGGAGCAGCGCGAGUAAGAGUGAGAGGGAGGGAGAGGGAGAGUGCGAUGGAGUGGGCAGCGCAGCACAUUAUAACAUACACACACACACAAACACGCACGCAGUAUAGAGAGACAUGCAUAUGUAUGUGCAAUGCAGGCCGCCGUUAAACAGAUGCAAAUAAAUUUAAAUAGUUUAUUUUAAUUCACGCUUCGGCUACAAAAGCCAGCGUCCUCCAUUGCCACAGCGACAGCAGCAGCAGCAACUGCAACAACAACAUGAAGAAUGUUCGGCAACGGCAGCUGCCUUGACUGUGUGUGUAUGGUAUGUGUGUGGAAUGAAGUGUAGGGAGAAGAGAGGUAGGAAGGCAGCUUUAAGCUUUCUGAGACGGGGCUCAACCAAGGUAUAAUCUGUAUAAGGUGGGGCAUACCCAGAGCUCAAAGGAUGAUAGUUUCAUGCAUGAUGGUUUCAUGUAUCAGAGGUUCAUUAAAUCGCAGGUUAAACAGUUGGACACUCUCUCUCUCUGACUUCUUAAUAUAGGCACUUAUGUGACUUCGGGAAUACCUCACCUGGAAUGACUAAUAUACUUUGGGUGCAACUUUGACUUCGUUCACUACCGCUGCUCCACCACCCCAGCAUUUGCUCUUUGUUGCUGUGUCUCUAUAGCUUUUAUCAUCCUCGCUCUCACUGCUCUGCUCCCCGUUUCACCUUAUAUUGUUUGUGUUCUCUUUUUGUUCUGUUUCUUCUUUGUUCCUCCCGUCAGCUCCUUCUGCGCUUCGUUUGCGAAUUCGCUUUAGUACAGCGUCCGUUAGUUAUGCCGUUUAAUUUAGUUGAUUACAAAUUAAAGAAAACACGAAAAUCUAAGCAAAAAAACAUGUUAAUAGUAGAACUUAAAGAAAAUGCGUAAAUUUAAUUUCUAGUUUUUAGUUUUAUCAUUCGUAAAGCCACAAUUAGUCAAAUACGAAAAUGAAGAGGAAAACAUAGCGAAAAACUCACCAACACACACACACACACAAACGUUAAAGAAAAUUCUGUACAUUUUUUAUUGUUUAAUUUAUAAGUAAGCAAAAAAAAGCGAAGGAAACCCGAAAAAAGAGCGCGAUAACGAUUGAAAAGAAUAUACGAAUUAAUUCUUUUUUCUAUUGUGAUAUAAAAUGUAUUGUAUAAAAAAACACAAGCAAACAAAAUUAAACAAAAAUGCUAAAACAAGAAUUACGUAAUUUUAUUUAAGCAGAAACAAGGGACAAAACCUUCCAAACAAACAAAAAAUAUAAAGAAUAAAUUAAACUAAAUUAAAUAAAAAACUAAAUAAAUAUUGUAAUUCCAAUGUUAUGUUAAGUACUGGAGUCCCGAUUCGAAGAACUUUUGUUGAGCCGCAAUAUACCGAAUGCCUUAAUUCUUUUUGCAAAACUAUUAUUAUUAACUAUGUUGAUUCUUGAGAUCCUUGAUUUUUGAUUACAUUACCCGUUUACCCCUAGCCCUAAGAUCUCCAUUGAUUGAUUGAUUGAUUUAUUGAUUGAUAUUUCUGUUGUGUCACGUUGACGGAGAAGCCCCCAGAAAGGAGACGACGAACGGAUCAUGCGGAAGGAGGAGAAAAUAAAUUAAAUAUGUAUAAAAAACCAA